GUGUAGAAAAUCCUUGUUGACACAAGGUCUGAGAAUGAACUUAUCCAUGGUUAAUAAUGUCGAAAUGGGAGUGCUUUUGGCACAUUUGUCUUAACCACUCUUUAGUCUCGCUUGAUGGUGUUGGUUAUUUCUUCUGAAUAUGUUUCAGAGACUUGUGUUGAAGCACUUCCAGGAGUUGUCCAAAGAAUCAGACAAAAAAAGAAUUCGAUAGCUGGAUAUAGCAACAAAUCUACAAAAGUUUUUACAAUUCAACGUUGCAAGCUCACACCUUUCAAGGUUCUAAAGAGUGUCUAUCUUGGUCACACUUUUGUAGGUUGAGCCUAUCUCUUUGCUGAACUUUUGGGUUCAGUUUGAAGACCUAUGACUUCUGCGAGACUCCAAUAAAAGGGAAUUUUUUCUA